UUUACUGGCAAAGAUUCAUCGAGUUCCAUCAAUUAUUCAUUUGUUUCUUUCCGAUUGUACGAGUGUUUGUUGCAACAGUUGCAACACUUAAACAUAACCUAGAAUCUAGCCAACACGAUGUACAGGCUUCAACAAAAUAAACGUGAUGCAACUGUCGUUUCAAUUCUGCGUUGGUCUGCGUUUAAAUUCAAUGCAUUUUAGAAUACAUCCGAUGUAAUUGGGCAAGAUGUAAUUAGUUCGAAAAGGACCCGGAUGUGCUACAAAUAUAAUUAUCUAAGAAAUAAUCAAAUUUUUCUUUCUGAAAUUGCGAUAUUAAUCAUAGUUUUGCACGGGCUGCAUGCAAUAUUCGUUGAAUUUUCGCCACAUGAAUUUUUGUUAUGCCCAGGGCAGCAAAAUCGCUACCCCCACAGACCAUGCAUGAUCUAAGCCUACCCCUACGAGCAAUAGCUGAACAAUUCUUACCUCUGAGCUACACCCUAAACACACCUGUAGUAGAAACGAACUCAGAAACCGUGACCAUCCUGUUAUUUUUAUUCAUUCGAGUUAUUCGUUUUUAUUGAACUUUGUACCGAUUGUGCAUUACAUCCGCUCACCCUGUUCCCACAAUAAUAUUUGCGGACAUUCUUGCAGAAGAACGACAGCGUUUAAAAUAAACGCUAUCACUGUUUUCCGUAUUUAUUACGACAUCGCAUUUGACGUCAGUCCAUUUUAUCUAACUUCCUGUUGGCUAGUGUUGUUAGUAGAUAAUAGCGGUUUUUUUUUCUGGGCAAUAUCAAAGCACAGAUGCGUUACUCUACUCAUCUCCGAUCAAAGCUUGUCGUCGAGACUUGCCAUUUCCAGGAAGUCACUCUGGCGUGAAUUUUAUGCUUCGAUCAUUGAUCCCCGCAUUAUUCGAACACGGUUCAUCGGAUUUUGUUCCUAAGAACGAAUAAAUCAUGCGAUACUAUGCGGAGCUGUCGAAUGGUACAAGAACAUCGUUGUAAUCAUCCCGCACGACAGACUGUACUCAAACGGGGAGAACAAAUUAUAAAACAGCACGGACAGUUUUACCAGCGAACGAGAAAUUGCAAUCAUAAAGAAAAGUCAUACCGAAAGACACCGCAUGCAAUUAAGAUAAUGUUGUCGCAAUUGCAGAUACGCGAGGUGCCCAUCAAAUUAUGUGAAGUGUUUCUCCAUUGUCGAACGCGUACCGUUGAAUUAAGUUCGCAGAAAAAAAGCCGAGUGUCAUAGUUUCGCAGAGCGAUCGCACAUUACCAAUAUUGUUCUCUGUCUACCUGACCGUCACUGUGAAAUAUUUGCGCAGUCUUGGACCCUCGACGGUUGCAGGCGGUGCAAACACGUGCCCCCGUGGUUCACGAAGCGAGAGAUCGACGUCGUUCGAAAAAAUGUUGCACCCACUGAGGAGAUCCGUGAACGGCGCGCACCAUAAAUUACGGAAAUUAUUUUACGUCAAGGAUUUUGUAACGCUGAUACGACCAUACGUCUUUCUCAUGUCCGUUCUCGGAUACUUCCCGUACAGCGUCUCAUUGUCGACGUACAAGUCCGUCAAGAAGAACCUUGCCUGGUCCUUGAUAAUCUUGAUCAAAAUCACACUGCUGUACUCCAUUCUGCUGUACAAGAUGUUGUCGAUGGACGUAAUGAAAGACUUCAGCGUGAGGUUGCAUUACAGCAGUAUCUACAUCUUCGGUCUCGUCUGUUUUUGGACCAGCUACUUGUCGUCCAGAUCUAAACUACACCUUCUUCGCAUGAUCUCGACCGCGUCCCGAUUGCUGUCACCUAAAACGUUCCACAGAACCGCCAAGUGGAUGUUCGCGAUAGACUUCCUGAAGAUCGCCGUGUUCCUGAGCUACCUGUUCUCCAUUAGCAGGGAUCCAUGGGCGGCCUCGUUCUACCUGAUGAGCUACUUCGUCUUUUUGGUGGCACUGGUGAUGAUCAUGCUGUUUGUAAACUGUCUGUACGUGUUGAAUCUUUGUUUUUGCAAAAUCAACACAUCUCUGGAGAAGUUGAGGACGAGCCUGGUCACCGACGAGCCUCAUCUGCUCAGAAGGGUGUAUCAUUCGCAGAAGAAUCCUACGCUGCUGUCAGAGCUGAAGACGCUUCGGAGACAGUAUCUAGAACUUGCCAAAAUCGUUGACGCGUCGAACGACACGUUCGGUCUGGAGAUGAUCGUACUAAUCGCGUUGACCAUGAUGGAUAUCACUUUUAACUUGUACACCUAUUUGGUACUAAAUACCGACGACGGUAAGAUCGUGAAUUUGUGGUCGAUAAACAUCAAGUAUCUCGCUAAUAAUUGCCAGGGUUUGAUCUUUAUGGCUAUCGUGUGCGAGAUGGUGAAGGAUCAGGCGAAGAACAUAGCUUACAAUAUACAUCGGAUUCUCGUGAUCACGUUCGACGAACAGAUCUCCACGGAGUUGGCGUUGUUCUCCAUGCAAGUCCUGCAGCAGAACCAUACAAUCGUGGCAAGAGGCCUGGUGAUAGACGUCACCCUGUUGACGAAGAUAGUGGGCAUCAUCACGACCUAUCUGCUGAUCCUAAUACAAUUCCUCCUGACGACACCCUGCUGAAGAUCGUUCCGAAGCAAAUUACAGAACUACGUGUGCAUAAACACCACGCUACAGACAUUUCAUCGCAUUAAAAGCGUUCGAUAACAUCGUCGCUGUCCAUCCGAAGAUGAACUUUGCGUUACUUAUUCAGAACCACGUCACAUCACGCCUGAACUUGUGUGUACGUUUUCUUUAAAAAAAAUACCCGCCCA